ACUUAUUAGCUGCGUCCCAUUAACGCCUCGCGUUUUCCGCUGCUCUGAAACCCUUUCAUUUAUCCCUCAUAAUUUUCUUCCUCGCGUCGCAGAUCUAUCUUCUCGAGAAAGUUCAGAGGAAAAGGAGCAAUGGGUUCGAAAUCGAAGAGCGAUAACCCCCGGUCCGGCGAUGGAGCGAGUCCCGGGAAGAUUUUCAUUGGAGGAUUAGCAAAAGACACAACCUACACUCAAUUUAAUAAGCAUUUCGGAAAAUACGGGGAUAUAAUAGACUCCGUGAUAAUGAAAGAUCGGUACACGCAGCAACCGAGGGGUUUCGGAUUCAUAACCUAUGCAGAUCCUUCAGUUGUUGACAAGGUUAUUGCAGAUGAACAUGUAAUCAAUGGAAAGCAGGUUGAGAUAAAAAGAACCAUUCCAAAAGGCUCACACCCUUCGAAAGAUUUUAAAACGAAGAAGAUAUUUGUUGGGGGAAUACCAUCAACGCUGUCUGAAGAUGAGUUAAAGAAUUUCUUCUCCAAAUACGGAAAGAUAGUGGAACAUGAGAUCAUACGCGAUCAUGCAACCAAUCGUUCCCGAGGCUUUGGAUUUAUAAUAUUUGACAGUGAAGAAGUUGUAGAUGAAUUGUUAGUGAAUGGCAAUAUGAUUGAAAUGGCUGGUACCCAGGUGGAAAUCAAGAAAGCUGAACCAAAGAAAGCCUCCAAUCCACCACCUGCCCCUGCAUAUGCUAGCAACUCUAGGGCUCGUUCUUUCAGUGAUGACUUCGGUGGAUUUGGCAGUUCUUAUGGGGGUAUUGACAGUGGGUUUGGUCCUGGUCCUUAUAGGACACCUGGAGGUUUUAGCGGGAGGGUUGGUGGUGGUUACGGCAGUUAUGGUAGUGGUGGCAGUGAAUUUGGUGGUGGUUAUGGGGCAUUUGGCAGCAGUAGCUUAGGAGGUUACAGAGGUGAAUCUUCAGUUGGUUAUUCUAGUCGCUUUGGACCCUAUGGAGGUGGGUUUAGUGGGGGCUACGGUGGCGGGAGUGGGUUAGGUGCAUAUGGGCGAGGAAGUGAAGGUUACGGAGGUUAUGGAGGUUCAGGCUAUGGGGGCAGUUAUGAGUCUGGACCUGGUGCUAGUUUUGGUGGAGCUGGUGGGCUGUAUGGGAGGGGAGGCUAUGGUGGCAGUAGCCGAUACCAUCCUUAUGCGAGGUAGGAAAAAGAUGCAGUUUGAUGCAGUUGCUUAAGCUUCUGCUCUAGAAGUAAAGUUCCUCUAGCUACUUUUCUUUGGCCUCUCAUGCAUAGGUACUUGUUCUGAAGUUAUAGAGGUAUCUCCUAUAUUAUUGCAGAUGGGGGGAAGCUACCAAAGAUUUGAAGCCAUUAGAUUGUGUCUCUUUAUUGUAAUUCUUAGACACAUUUUAUAGAAUGCUCGUUAUUAGUGUGUGGAGUCUGUUUUCUUGUGUUAGACUAUUUUCCUUCUAGCUUUGUUAUGUAGACAAUAGCAAUUUGUGUUGGAGUUUAUUAAAUUUGGCUUUAGUAUUCUA